AUGAAUGGAUUGCGCCCGACAGAUCAUCGACUCGCCGUCCCUGGGGACAAGGUCGACGGUAGUUAUCAGCAGUUACCGGGAGUCGCCGGCCUUUCGUUCUACUUCAGCCGAUUUACGUCCGAAACCAUCACUGUUCUCGUCGGAGUUCCGCCACAAAAAUUUCAGGUUCACUCAGGAACUCUCACGAAAAUGCGCCCUUUCGACGUUAUGGUGAAUGGACCUUGGCUCGAAUCCCAGACAUGUGAAAUCAAACUCCCCGAGACCGAUCCCCACGCAUUCGCCGUAAUCCUUGACUUUCUGUACACGGAAUCUGUCCACAUUUUUCCAGUGGAGUUGAAAUCGGUACCAGGAUAUGGUCCGAGUUUCACAUUCGAAUACUUCGAAAUAUCUGAACCUGACGACGUUGAAAAGAACCUGGACGAGAUUCACAAGGCAGUCAAGUCCGAUCGAUGGAAAGUCGAAACCCUUGUUCGUGCAUACAUCUUCGCAGAUCAAUAUGAUAUGGAAGCUUGCUGCAAUGCCAUCAUGGACUCGCUUCGCAAUUUCCAUUGUGCAGGCGCAGUCAGUUAUGACGCCUGGCUCACCGGACGACGACUUCUCUGCAAUUCAGAGAACAGGAAAUUGAUGAAGUUCUUGCACAAAUACAUGGUGUAUGCCGCUCGCGAGCCACAUCUCCUCGUGCAUUACGAGCCCCAUUUCGACAGCGUUAAAGAGGAGGGGGGGCCCGACAUCGAAUAUUUACUAGACGCCGUCGCCAGCUCAAUUCCGUACUUUACCGACUACGUCUAUCGCGAGGAGAAACCAAUUUGCAGCUACCACGAACAUCACAGAACAGCGCGGUGCAAAUCCAAGCUUCUGCUAAACAACCCAUAUCCUGAAGUCAUUCACCAUUUCAAUCAGUACCUACUUUGGAACAAGGAUUCGGAGCAGCGUUCCAAGGAGCUGGAAUCUGCAUUCUCUGAGACUAGUCUGUCAUAG